CAAGUAAAUUACUGAAACCCAAACAGACCAAUAAAGUUGAGAGCAAAUGAGUUUUCUUUUCCCUGAAAGUGUCUCAGCAAAGAAGAAGAAGCUCAUCAGAGAGCUCCUUCAGGGACAGGAAUAUGCUACUAAGCUCAAGCUUUUGCUUCAGGAGCAUGUUGGGGCUGAUGGGUCUCUCUCAGCUAAGGAACUCGUUGCCAAUGUGCUGAGAUCUUUUGCUGAGACUCUUUCUGUUAUGACUUGUUCUGAAGAUGAGGUUGCUGAUCAGAAUCUUGUAAAUUCCGGCGAAGAUGGGUCCCAGGUGGCAGCUUCCACCAAUGAUCUGAGGUCUGAAGUUUCAACUGAGAGUAGGAAGAGAUCUUUUCCGGCCACAAAGGAUCGGAGAGGUUCCUACAAAAGAAGGAAGACUGAACUGACAAGGACCGUUGUUUCCCAAACUACCGAUGAUGAACAUGCAUGGAGAAAGUACGGACAGAAGGAUAUCCUGAAUUGUAAAUUCCCCAGGAGUUACUUCAGGUGCACUCGGAAGUAUGAUCAAUGUUGCCGUGCAACCAAACAGGUGCAACGAAUCCAAGAUAAUCCGGAUAUGUACCAAAUUACGUACAUUGACUUUCACACAUGCAAAGACACCCUCAAGCCUCCACAAAUGGUCACAUAUUCUGAUACAUUGGACUCAUUUCUUGUGAAUGGGUCCCAUCCUGAUUCAAAGGUGCCAAAUGAACAGGAUCCCCCUAUUAGCUCACAAGACCCAACUAUAAUAAAAGAACAUCCCAAACAAGAGACUCCGAGUGAUCUUACAGACAACUUGGAUCCUACCUUGUGGUCUGAUUUGAAGGAUUUUGAACUAUCCAAGCCUGCCACUAUACCCUUAAAGAUGGCAUCUGACAAUGCAGAUACUGUGUAUUCAUGUACUGGCUCUCAAAGUCUGGACUUGGAUUUUGGGGUAUUUUCAUCUCAUUUCGGCAUCCACUUUGAUGAAAGUAAUUUGCUUUAGUUUAGCUUCUUAAUCUUAACUAUUAAGAGUGAAUAUUUAGAUUUUGCUUUUGGCUUUGCAUUUUCCUAGUUUGAUGCACUGUGUGAGAUUGACUUUGAUCAUUCCCACAUUAAUCAAUCUGAUGUAAUGUGUGUCUGUCUACGUCUACUUUGAAAAGUUUGUGAUUA